UGACUAGGAACUGAACGGUGAAUUCGUAGUGAAGUUAAAACUCGCGAUUCUUGAACAUUGUUAAAUAGGUUUUCUUGAAACUCUGAAAAAUGGGUAACACGGUGUCUGCUGCUGAGACUGUGGCUGCGCACGUGACAGGUUCAUUGCCUAAAGGUCACCCGACUGUGAAUUUGAGCAGCCUCGAACCUCCUCCGGAAUGUCCCAUGCACAGGAAAGCGGAGGCACCCAAAGCAGAAGCCGUCUUAAUCGGAGAGUGUCCAGUUGGGGGCGGAGGCGAUAUCGACCCGACUAACAUGAUGCCUCCACCAAAUCAACAACCGUCACCUGGACAACCCUUCCCCCUUCAAACUGAUCGCCAGAUAUCUUCAAUCCCUAAAGUGGGCGACAAAAAGGAAUACUGGGUAUACCCUUCGCCACAAAUGUUUUGGAACGCUAUGCUGCGUAAGGGAUGGGUAUGGAAAGCUGAGGACAUCAAGAAAGAGGAUAUGAAUAACAUCAUUAAGAUUCACAAUGCCAACAACGAACAGGCGUGGCAAGAGGUACUCAAGUGGGAAGCUCUUCAUGCAAAGGAGUGCGGUGACCCAAGGCUCAAGAGUUUUGGAGGCAAAGCCACACAAUAUUCGCCUAGAGCAAGGAUCAGACAACUUCUAGGCUAUGAACUGCCUUUUGAUCGCCACGACUGGAUCAUUGAUCGCUGCGGUAAGGAUGUGCGCUAUGUGAUCGACUACUAUGAUGGAGGUGUAAUCGAUGGCAAUACCUACCAAUUCGCAUUACUGGAUGUCCGGCCAGCUAUGGAUUCCUUUGACAACGUUUGGGACCGCAUGAAGGUUGCGUACUGGCGCUGGAAAUAUGAAAGAGAGGAGAAACAGCAGCAGCAGCAGCAGUCUAGUAAUUAAGUGCUCAUUGUGUAGGGAGGUCAUCUAAUUUCAUUAAUAAUUUAUAGCUUGUGAGUAAAAUUAAAGAGGUCUCACUGCAAUAGCUCAAAGAUUGUAGUUUAUUUCAGUGAGAUUGUUAAGAA